AAUCAAUACAAUUAUUGGAGAUCUGAGACAUAUAUCAAUCAAUUCGUCUUGUCGAGGCGACAAGGACGGAUGUCUUUUGGGAUUUUCAAAAAAUUGUUUGGAUGGGUUGAAGUGGAUUUGGUAUGGCGUUGAAUUGGGUGUGGCAGAGGUACUUGUGCGCGCACCUAAUUUGUGUGGGAGAUCAAGUAGCACUGGGGACGAAAUCUUAAGGCUGCUAUGACAAUUUAUUUCACACAUGGAUUAUUUUUCCCAAUAUUUACACACGAUUAAAUUAUCCGCUCGCGAGCCCGAGAUCCGCGGCCUUAUCGCACAAGGAGCCGAAGAUGUGCGAGCAAUAUUAUGCCAGCCUUGGGGGGCUGACGAGGUGUUAUCAUAUGUGCGACGUGAAAUCUCUGCGGCUGAGCACGCUCGCCAGGUAACAGGCAUCAUGUGGUACCUGACAUCCAUAGCCGUGGAGCGCAACCAGACAUUUCGAGCUGGUGCUUUUGUAUGUCGUGAUCCCCAUGGUCGACUAUCAGCGUACUUCCGGGGCAUUGGCAGAUUACGGACUAGCAGCCACCUCAAACGGCAAAGCGCCUCAGGCUGUACGGGCGGGGUUGACCUCUUCGCGGGUGAAGAUGAUUUACCACCGCUCGCCAAUGGCCAUCGACAUGUGCUUUACAUUGCUAUUCUGCACGACGAAAGGCGUGGUAGUUGCCUGUUUCUUAAGCCGGAGCACUAUGGCGUCUCCAGCCUUUCAGAUCUAACUCACCAUGCGGUGCGGUACGCUAAGUCGUUGGUGCGGCGAUAUUUCGUCCAUGGCGGUAAUGAAAUCGUCGGCAUGCGAAAGGAACGUAUUCCGGAUCAGUUCGUACGCGACUUCCGGAACGCGGUUGCCAAACUUCCUGACGGGCCGAGUGCUAUCGCCGAGGUAGGCUGUCGCGGCGAUGGCGAAGGAAUUGGAUACAUGCACGAAUACCUGACUGAUAAGGUGGAUGAUGUGACUCUCUCGGAGUCAGACCGCGACUUGUUGCUCGCGAUUCUCCUUCGCCUUAGGUCGGAGUAUGACUUUGUCGCUUUGCGAUUCGGUAAUGAGGUGUUCCUUGACCUCCCCGCCGAUAUCUCUGGAGAUCUUCCCCAGGCGCCUGGGGUGUACGGUCCAUCGAGAUCACUGCAAGAAUUAGGUUCCUACUCCGGUGAAGAGACUCGCGAACUAGGGACUCCGCUGAUGGGAAUUGUUUAUGUGCCGUCCCGUAUCUCGGAUCAGUCGGUUAGCAAAGAAUCGACACAAGCAACCUUGGAUAAAAUCCAGGGAUGAAACAAUAGGGAAUGGAGCUUUCUACUGGACUAGAGGUAUUAAACAUAUGGGCUAAUGACUUGUUUUGCUAACUGAAUCAAAAUCAUCCCC